AGUGAAAAGAGGGAUAAAAUAGAGAACAGUCAUAGUGCUACUAGUAAUCUAGUAGAAAUUACAAUUAAUAGUAACUCACCCUCCACAUAUAUCUUCUCCACCACUUGCACCGGUCCAUUCGAUAGACUCCACUUGCAGGCAAGUAUAUAGGAGAGUAUGGGUGAAGGGAGAAGACAAUGAACAUCACAGGCUGCUUCAUUCUAUGGUAAUUCCAGCAGCAAUGAGCGGCGGCGGCAACGGCGAAAAGGAUGGUCAUGAGCACGAUCUAGUGAUGCCUGGCUUUCGCUUCCACCCGACCGAGGAGGAGCUCAUCGAGUUCUACCUCCGCCGCAAGGUCGAGGGGAAGCGCUUCAACAUGGAACUUAUCAUCUUCCUCGACCUCUACCGCUAUGACCCAUGGGAGCUUCCCGCAUUUGCUACGAUAGGAGAGAAGGAAUGGUUCUUUUACGUGCCUAGAGAUCGGAAGUAUCGGAAUGGUGAUAGGCCGAACCGGGUGACAACCUCAGGUUACUGGAAGGCUACUGGGGCUGACAAGAUGAUACGGUCCGAGAACUCUAGGCCAAUUGGACUGAAGAAGACUCUUGUCUUCUAUUCCGGGAAAGCUCCGAAAGGCGUUCGAACAAGUUGGAUCAUGAAUGAAUACCGUUUGCCACAGGAGGGAACUGAUCGGAAUCACAAGGCUGAAAUCUCACUUUGCCGAGUGUACAAGAGAGGUGGGGUUGGAGACGAACUCUCCGGCAUGCACAAGCCAUUCUCCUCCAAUGCUACCGGACCCGAUAAAAAGCACAAGAACAAUCACCAUCCAUCAACCUUCUUCACAACGCUCACUGCAGAUUCCUCCUCAUCAGAGUUAGAGAACAUCCAUGAAGUGGGAGUUUGCAGUGGCGCAAAUGACAUGUCGGUUUAUGGCGCGACGGCUCCGGUGUUGAACAUGACCACAUCGCUCGAACAAGAAGGGACUUCACUGAACUCAUCAGAUACACUGGUACCAGCAGGCACCCUACUCCCUUCAACUUCUUCUACAGCCACCACAACAGCUGCUGAGUUCAGCAAAAUGGUAGCUUACCACCAAGGCUACUUGAAUCUAACCGACCAAUUCGUACCGGUGCCACCGCAUCUGCUUACGCCCAAUUCACUGGCAACCAUUUCAGACAAGCUCUGGUCAUGGAAUCCACUCCAUGAUGCAGGAAAAGACUUCACUACUUUCAAGUGAGUAACAGCAUUGCACAUAGAAAUAAUCCACCUACUAUGCAUAUUUAUCUUUUGUUUUUUGGUGUGUUAACUACAAGUUUAGAUCGAUGUGGAUGGAACUGUGGUGUUAACUUGUAAUUCAUGAAGUUUUAGUUAAUUUCAUUGUAUAAUUUCUUGUUUCCUUUCA